GUCUUGACAGCAUUUUAUUAACCAAUCAGUGAAAGCCAAAUAGGGUGUGUAUCAUGAAUUGAAAAUAUAAUCCAAUGAACGAUAAGAAAAUUUUUUGUUUCCUGUCCUACUGAUUGGUGAAUCGAUAAGCUCAAACCCAAAUGGUCAUAUUCGUUAAUGAGUGGGCGGAGUAUCUGAAAUAAGUUUAAGGGUAUAAGGAGGUGUGGCAUAAUUCAUUUUAAGAUUUACAACCUACGUCGGAAGAUGGGAGUAGCUUCGAAUAACGGUAUCACAGGGAAACUUGUUUUAACUGUACUUAUAACAUGUGUUGGAUCAUCAUUUCUAAUCGGAUACAAUCUUGGAGUUUUGAAUCUACCAAGAAGGAAUAUUGAAAUAUAUUUCAAUGAGACAGUUGUUCCAAAUACUCCAGAAUUAGAUUCAAGCUUCUUCUACACUCAUGUCAGUACAAUAUUUGUAGUUGCCGCUGCAAUAGGAGCAUUCAGUUGUGGUUGGGUUGCUGAUGGACUUGGUCGACGGAAUGGUUUAAUACUCAAUAAUGUUAUUGGCAUUAUUGGUGGUGUAAUUGUUGGUCCUUGUGUUCUUGUCAAACAACCUGCGUUAUUAUAUGUUGGUCGUUUUGUUAUUGGUAUUAAUAGCGGCAUUACAAUUGGCAUAGCUUCACUUUAUUUAACUGAAGUGGCACCACGUGAUCUACGUGGUGGUAUUGGUGCUUGUCAUCAGUUAGCUGUAACUGUUGGUAUUGCUUUCUCGUAUUUCAUUACAUUUACAUUUCUGUUGAAUACACUAAAUCUAUGGCCACUUGCUGUUGCUUUGGGUGCCGUUCCAGCAGCUAUAUCAUUGGUUACUUUACCAUUUUGUCCUGAAAGUCCACGGUUUUUAUACAUGAAAAAACAUAAAGAAGCUGAGGCACGUAAAGCAUUUUUGCAAUUAAAUGUUAAAGAAAAUGUCGAUACAUUUAUUGGUGAAUUACGUGAGGAAAUUGAAGUAGCGAAAAAUCAACCAGUUUUUAAAUUUACACAAUUAUUUACACAAAGAGAUCUUCGAAUGCCAGUGCUUAUUGCUUGUUUAAUACAAGUUUUACAACAAUUAUCUGGAAUUAAUGCGGUUAUAACAUACUCAUCUCUUAUGCUAGAAUUAGCUGGUAUUCCUGAUGUUUACUUACAAUAUUGUGUCUUUGCUAUUGGAGUUCUUAAUGUUAUCGUAACUAUUGUCUCUCUCCCACUAAUCGAACGUGCUGGACGUCGUACAUUAUUAUUAUGGCCUACAGUAUCAUUAGCUUUAUCCUUGUUAUUACUUACGAUAUUUGUUAAUUUGGCAGAUUCCGGUCCGCAAAGUACGAAAAAUGCUAUGGGUAUAAUAUCGAUCAUUUUGAUAUUAAUUUAUAUAUGCAGUUUUGCACUUGGCUUGGGUCCAGUUCCUGCAUUAAUUGUAUCAGAAAUAUUUAGACAAGGUCCACGUGCUGCAGCUUAUUCACUGAGUCAAUCAAUUCAAUGGUUAUCCAAUCUAAUUGUAUUGUGUAGUUAUCCUGUUAUACAGAAAAACAUCGGUGGUUAUUCAUUUUUGCCCUUCCUUGUGGUCGUUGUGAUUUGCUGGAUCUUCUUUUUCCUGUUUAUGCCAGAAACUAAAAAUCGUACAUUUGAUGAAGUUGCACGUGAUCUUGCAUUUGGAAAUAUUGUUGUAGGCAAACGUACUACGGCUUUGGAAGAUCGUAAUCUUACUGUAUUCACUAAACAAGGGAAUAAUGAAGGUCCAGCCUCUGAGUCAUUACUUUAUCCUCGAAGUGACAAUGACAAAGGUAUGUAUGCAUAAAGGAGUUUUGGGAAUAUGUUUACAGAACAUAACUGGUUAAACUGAAGAAAAAAAAUCAUAGACACUUCAUUGAGUUUAUAGUCUAGGGAAUUAGUGUAUGCACCUUCCAUUUUAUAUAAAUAUAACAUAUAUAUGUACGCUAUAACAUAUGUGUAUAAUUUCACUUCAUUAUAUAAUGUAUGAAACAUGCAUAUAAUUUUCAUCUAUCAGGUUAUUUUCAUUAUUUUAAAUCAAUGUUGUCAUACAAACACAAUGACGAUCCUUUUUGUCUUAUGUUGUUAUGAUUACUAUGUGUUUAUCAAUAUCUAUAUUUUGUGUGCUGUUCAUUCUUUAUCAUUUAACUAUUCAUCUUUCAUUACUCGUUUAAUGUUAACGAUGAUGAUGAUGAUGAUGAUGAUGACGAUGAUUUUACACCAUGAACGUAUAGUUUUUAACUUGUGAAACAGAUAACUUUCUUUUGAGUUCCUUUGGCUUUGUUUUUGCUUAAUUUGUCCAAAUCAACUUCUUUUUUUUUAAUAAAAGAGAAAAGAACUAUUACGUAUUAUGAACAAUAAUUGUGCUCAUUGUAAUUCUACAAAGAGCAGAAUUAAUUAUCAAUGAUGUUUUAAAAGACUGAACAAUAAGUAAUAUCAAAAAUUUAAAAAAAAACAACUAACAAAUAGAGAACACCCCCCUUCACAAAUUUUCUUACAUUAUGUAACCUAAGUUACUAAAUACUGUUCUAUUUCUUGUUAUUUUUUUUAAAUAUUUUACCUGGUGACUUUACUUAUUCAAUAAGCUUUGAAUGUAAACUUUGAUCUCUAAAAUAAAAAUAAAAUUAUUGUUAUAACUAACAUGAUUAUGAUGACCAAUUUUUUUAAAUUAUAUUCAUGAAUUGAAUUAUUGUUCCUUUAUCUCUUCACCGCACAAAUUGCUGUAUAAUCCUUAAAUUAUCAUUAUUACUAUUUGUAUUAUUAUUAUUACUAUCAUUAUUGUCAUCUAAUUCAUAUUUUUCAUAAGAUCUUGUCAACUGGUUGCAUCGAAUAAUUUCAUAUCCCCAUUACUACUACUACUUUUGUUGAUUGUCCUGAAUUUUUCUUUCUUUAUUUCAAAUGUUUCGUUUCUUUCAAUGAAUUCCUGUGAUGAUGACGACACUGUUUAUAUAACACAGGAAAACAAACAAACAACCCGACAGUAAUGAAUAGUUUAUUUGUAUUUUCUAGAAAAAAAGAUGCUUGUCAAAUGCAUACAAGCUUAUUUGGUUUAAUAUGUGUGCGGUUUUUGUUUUUUCAAAUGAUACGUGCUUCUGUAAUCAAUUUCAGAUUCUUAAAGUAAAAUUUAUACAUCAUAUGUGUAUCAUUUUUGUUAUGUGUUAAUUACUUGCAGUUUUUAUGAUGGGUGUAAGUUUACAUAUAAUUCAUCUAUCUGUUUUGU